AGUUUGCAGUCUGUCAAAGUGCAAAGAAGUACUCUAUGUAAACAAACUUCAAAUUACGUAGAUCAGAGUUGUGUAAAUAUUUAUUAUCGUAUUUUUGUUUGAUUUCCCUUCCCUUGUGCUAAUUUCUUCUGAAAGUUAAUUUAAAGUUAACGUGCAACAGUGAAAAUUAACAAUGUUUUUAUUGAAUUAAAAUUUAUGAGUACACCAAGAGUAUUUUGUGUAAAAAAUUAGUGUAAACUUUAAGAGAAGAAACAUAGGCAAAGCCGCAUGUUCAAAGCACCUAGGAGGCUGCUGAUUGGCGAUGGCCGGUGGGUGUGCGUGGUCGCGACGUGUGGGCGCCCGAACGAGGACUCUUAGAGGAUUAGUUCGGGACACACAGCGGGCUCUGAACGACGUCUGCGAUAUAUUGAAUUAUGAUCCGGAUAUCCUGGUAACAGUUCAAGAUAUAGGCAACCAGUUAGCGAGAAGCACAGCUAUCGUAGUACUAGGGAGCACGCCGUCGGCCAAGGCUAGACUUUUGCACUGCUUGUUGGGACGACAGCUGCUGCCGGAUUCUCCGCCGAGAGGAUGCAGAUGGCUUCGUAUCCAGUACGGGAGCACAACCCAGGUCCACCUGACCCUCGGCAACUCAGAGUUCGAGCUCGUCGAAGAGUUGGAGUGCAACAAGCGUCCCUGGGAGACGCUGCCCGUUGAGGAUCUCCUACGACGAGACAACGCCGACGCCUCAACGAUACUAGAAGUGGAAAUCAACAAUCAAUUCCUAAGAGACGGCCUCAAGAUCAUCAUACCUCCCGACAUCAGCGUCGAGCCAGGCCUAGCAGACCACCUGACCCUGAAGAAGCUCCACCAUGAACUGUACACGAAAAGAGAAAGCAUCUUGAGGAGCAUCAACCCGGUAUACCUGUACGGUAUCGACAGAAUGGGAAAGAACAUCUUCAGCGAUAAUAUAAUGAAUUCGCUUGUGGUGUCGAAGAGCGAAGAAGACUUUUGGGACAGUUUCAAUCUGUACUGCAUGAGCAAGAGUGAGAGGGAGAGAGAGAAGACUGAGAUCGUUAUAGAUAGAGAGGACAGAGAGUGGAAUUCAACGAGGGAGCCUUGUGUUUUCAGUGGGGAGAACUGCCUGGACCUGCACCAAAUCAAGGAGAUAAAUCCGAACGCUCAAGUGAUGUUCGUAUUGUUCUCGGACAGCGCGGAGACGUGCGGCGCGGGGCGGGGGGGCGGCGCCGCGCGGCUGCUGCUCGACGUGGAGGCGACGGAGUCCACCGAGGGCUCCGUGUGCUGCGACGAGCUGCCGGAGAGCGACCAGGGCCUGGUCCAGAUACGGAAUAAUAACGGGUCUCCGACAUCGAAAGCUCAGGACGACAGACGACUGCACGAAGCACAAAUAGCUUUUUUGAACGAGCUUCUCGACCAGUGGGAGCUUAUGUCGUCCCGGCCGCAAAAGCACCAAGUCAAGAGCCAGUGGAUGAUCCUGAACGAGCUGGCGGUGCACCGCGGGGGCGAGGGCGGGGCGGGCGGCGCGCGGGGGGCGGGGUCGCGCACGGCGCUGCUGGGGGCCGUCGUGCGCUUCGCCACUGACACCGCGCUGGCCGACCUGCUGCAGCGCGCCACCAGGCUCGGCGAGAUCCACGUGAAGCUGCUCCAGCAGUUCAUCCUGGCCUCGUACGACAUGGCCCGAGAGCUGCAGGUGGUGCCCAAGAAGAUCCAGUACGUGGCACGGCAGGAGCAGCAGCUGUAUGAGACUAUACACGAGAAGUUCACCGAGGGUGACAAGAAGCACGAGCUGCUGCGGAUAAUGCAGGACGUGCUGCAAGAGAUGAAGCACGAGAUCAACAACAUGGACUGGAGCGUCGACGACCUGCCGUGCCACCAGGACCACCGCUUCACCGUGUCCAGCUCUACGUUCUACUCGGCGCGGCCGAGUCCGGAGCACCCGCGCGACUGGUCGCGGAGCCCUGACCCGUCGGACGGCGAGGAGGCCGUCUCCUACGACACCUACAACUUCGACGACUACGAGAUCAUCCAGCAGGGCCUGGAUACCUUCGGGGACUCACUUCCGAUGAGGGUCCGACCCGAGGAGGACGCGUCCAAGUUCAACAACAUCAAGAUCGAGAAUGAAUACGAGUCGUGCUCCGUGUCGUCGGCGCGCAGCGGCUGGGCGGUGGCGACCGGCAGUGACGUCACCACCUGCACCAACAACACCAACGUCUCCAUCAAGCAGGCGUCGCUGGACGUGCAGCAGACCGUGCUAUCGAAGCUGAGCCGAAAAAUUAGUUUGAAACUGGUGAAGUUCGUGGAUUGCCUCAAGAACACGUACUUCGGUACGCUGCAAAGAUGUCUAGAAUCCCUAGAAUCAUCUUGCAGACAGGAGUUGGGCGGUCUACCGGCCAGUGAAGCAAUGAGGCAGCUGCUCUCGGUUGCCUGGCAGGUGGAUCUCCAGCCCUGUGCCUCCUUCUCUGUACUGAGGACUCUAAUCGAAUCACUGAGACGUCUUUUGCAUAAAUUGAAGAUAGUGAGCGGUGAAGAUGAUGACGCGUGUUGCGUGCUGAGUCCGGUGUGGAGGCGCCACGUGGCGAUGCACGCCGCGCACUCGCUCAACCCGCACCGCCUCGCCAGGCUCAUAUCCACGCAGAUCCUAGAGAAGCUAAGCACGGCUCACGAACGCUAUCAAUCGGCGCUGGCGUCCCUCGAGGCGGCCCUGACGGGGCGCCUCCACCACACCGAGGACGUGAAGCUGGCCAUCAGGAAGAAACACGCCCCGUCCUUCGCCAGACUCUGCCUCGAGAGCACGUCCCUGUGCGACAUGCUGAUGCACGGCGUUCCGGAGCUGGGCAGGGAGAUCGGUCGCGGGCAGUACGGCGUGGUUUACGCCGUCCGCGGCAGCUGGGGGGGCCACUCGCCGGUCGCGGUCAAGUCGGUGCUGCCCACGGACGAGCGCCAUUACCACGAGCUGGCCAUGGAAUUCUUUUAUACUAGGAGUAUACCGGCGCACCCCCGCAUAGUCCGCCUGUACGGGUCGAUAGUACAGCGCCAGAGUUCUGGGCCCAGCGUGCUGCUGGUGUCCGAGAGGAAAUGUCGGGAUCUGCACGCGGCCGUCAGGGCGAAACUCCCCUUCUCCACUCGGAUGAGGAUCAGCUGCGAUAUCGUCGACGGCAUCCGCUACCUGCACUCGCUGGGUCUGGUGCACCGCGACAUCAAGACGAAGAACGUCCUCCUGGACGGGGCGGACCGCGCGGCGCUGUCGGACCUCGGCUUCUGCACGGCCGGCGCGCUCAUGUCGGGCUCCGUGGUGGGCACGCCGGUGCACAUGGCGCCCGAGCUGCUGGCCGGGGACUACCACGCCUCCGUCGACGUGUACGCUUUCGGGAUCUUGUUCUGGUACGUGUGCGCUGGUGACAUAAAGCUACCGUCAGCUUUCGAAACUUUCCAAAACAAGGAACAGCUUUGGAGUAAGGUUAAAAGAGGUCUGAGACCUGAACGUCUACCUCAGUUCUCGGACGAGUGCUGGGAGAUCAUGGAGUCGUGCUGGGCCUCCGAGCCCUCCCAGCGGGCGCUCCUCGGGGACGUGCAGAACAAGCUGGAGAGGAUCUUGGAGCAGGCUCUAAAGGACGAAAAGUCUCCUGGCUACCUCGCCCCGGACGAGCCAGACCUUAACGACGACUAGUGGAACCAUAUCCUCAGUGUGAUGAGGCAGGAGUUGCCAGACAUACACAUCUUUGUCUAUUUGGAGCACCAGUCAAAACAGCUGAACCGGUUUCAAAGAUCUUACACGCCUGAAGUUUAGGGGACUGAUGUUUGUUAACGCCAAACUACUCUACGCAUUUUGAUGGAAAUCUAUACAUAUAAAUAAAAUUGGAGUGUCUGCUUGUAAUAUUGAAAUAACCGUUUUUUACUACAUGCAUAUGAAUAUAUAUAUACAGUAGGUGCAUACAUCAAAAUCACAUUUUUUUACAAUUCUUGUCUGUCUGUCUGCCUGUCUGUUUCUUCCGGCUAACCUCUGGAACGGCUGGACCGAUUUCGACGAGACUUUCACUGAUAGGUAGCUGAUGAUAUAAGGAGUAACUUGGGCUACUUUUUUUAGACUAGCUUCGCCCCGCGGCUUCACCCGCGAUACGACAAUAACCGCGGGUAACAUCGCGGGACUCAGCUAGUCAAUAAUAAAAUUUAAUGUUUCCGAAGCGAAGCGAGGGCGGGUCGCUAGUAUACAAUAUACUCAGUUAGGGCUAUAUUUCGACACCAUGGUGACGCAAAUCAGUCGCCCCACUGGUAUCCGUAAGCUACCAUAUUAGACACUAUACAGACACCAGGGUCGCCACACCAUACUGCAACAGUAUCAAUAAUGGACUGUCACUGACGGUCGGACUAAUGGCUUAGUGAGUGAGACACCAUACAGCGCUAUAGUAAUUAGUGGUGGCGCAACCAGUAUCAUUCUGGGCUACCGUCAGAGCUGGUCGCCCCACCAAAUUGGUCGCGCAACCAAACGGACACCAGGCGAGUAACUCUCUCUUUACUGGUGGUAGGACCUCUUGUGAGUCCGCGCGGGUAGGUACCACCACCCCGCCGUGAAGCAGUAAUGCGUUUUGGUUUGAAGGGUGGGUAGCCGUUGUAACUAAACUUGAGACCUUAGAACUUAUAUCGCAAGGUGGGUGGCGCAUUUACGUUGCAGAUGUCUAUGGGCUCCAGUAACCACUUGACACCAGGUGGGCUGUGAGCUCGUCCACCCAUCUAAGCAAUAAAAAAAGAAAGAUGAGCGAUGUAUAACGUGCAGAUCACAAACAAUGAUAAUAUAAUAUAUGUAUAUGAAAAACGGUGCGCAUACAAUUUGGUGCACGUGAAUGAAGUGAAACUUCUGUUUCGAUUUGUAGUAUUGUGGUUUUCUUCAUUUUUGCAUACUUGAAUCAGAUUGAUCUUAUAAUAGGGAAUGCUGUAUAUAAGAGAUGCAACAUCAUCCACGUUUGCAUAAUAAUAUUUUUUUUAAAUACUUCAUUAACAAUCACGCCACGUUAACUGAUCCCGUGCUAAGUUCGUAAAGAACUUGUGUUACUAGUACCAGAUAACGGAAAUAAAUAUAAUAUUUUUAUUAUACACAUACAUAUAUUUAAUAUACACCCAUAACCCUGGAAAGACAUUUAUAUUUAUCAUACAAAUAUCUUCCUUUGGCGGGAUUCGAACCCGCGACCCCCUUGUGUAGUGACCAUGUCACUUACCACUACACCAGACGGCCGUAAUUGGAGGCUACUCGUUGCCGACGCUCGCGCUGGCCUGUAACAGGUAUACUACGCGCAUGCGCUCGAGUGCCACGCAUUCACUCUUCACUCUCGCUCUGUCUCUUUCUAUUCCAUGUUGGAAGUCGCAUUAGAAGUUUCACUUCAAUAAAUUAGAAUAUCGAUAACAUGAUUGUCAAUAAAAGUUGUUGUAAAAGAUUAUCUUUGAAGACCUUUAAUAAAAUGAAUUUUUUACACAUACAUUUCGUACGCAAUUUUUGUGGAUUAAUAAUAAUUAAUGAUGUAUGAAAAUUUAAUAAUUCUAUUAUUACUGUUUUUAUAUAUCGAUCAUAAUGUAUGAUGUAACUUAUGACUGAUAUUGUUCGAUCAGAUCUUGCUUUGGCCUCUAAUGACGUCAUAUGUGGGUUCUCUAGUAUUUAGUUAAGUGUUUGUAAAUUAACACUCUCCACUUGAUCAAUGUCCUCUGUGCAUUAAUAAGAUAAUGUCACACUGAAGGCUGUCUCCGAGACGCAAAAAUCAAAGAUAAUAUUAGUACGUUGAAAUUUUGGAAUAUUUUACCUUAAAUGAAGUUUAAGAUGGGAUGGAUAUAUUGUUUUUGCGAUCUUUCACGGGCGUCUAUAGCUAUGUUCAUGUUUACAGGAUAUUGAAAUAGAUUCUUAGUAUCGUGCAUAUUUAUCUAGUGCAUUAUAAAUGAAAAAAAAAAAACAAAAAACUAGAUUAGAUAUAUUAAGGGAUGUGAUGUUGAAAUGGAACGAUGUGAUCAAAGUUAAAAUCGAUUCGAAAAAAAAGAAUAAUCGAUAUAAAAUUUUAAAUGUUAAAUAAUAUCGAUAAUCGAUAUCUCGGUUCGGUAUAAGCUAAUUCGAAUUAAAAGUCAAUUCAGGCUAGCAUCACUCAUGCUUAGACGAAUUUCGACCUUGUUGCUAUAUCGAACUGAGUUGAUAAACAUAAAAUUAUUGAAUUUGGAUGUAUUUUUGUGUAACAAAUGAAAAAUGUUAGCUGUGAUAAAAAAAAAUCGUCGAAUAUUGAUUUUAUUAAUAUCUUGGAUGUAUAAAAAGGUGCGAUUAUAAAUUGAACAAAUAAAAAAUAAAAUAAAAAAAAUUGGUAUGUAAUUAUUGUGAUAAAAUUUAUGUGAUUCGUGAAUGAUGUUAGUGCGAUGUGUGUGCGGUUCUCAAACUGUUCAAAUUCUUUUUUAAUACUACAUUUAGAUAAUCGGAUAAAGAUCAAUAAAUAAAUAAAAAACAAUAAUGUAAUUAGAUUAAAUAACAACAAUUUAUGUUAUUUGUAUUACAAUCAAACGUAGAAAUCACUUAGGAACACAAUAAUCACCCAAAUAUAAUUUUAAACAGAAAUGAGAUUAAACUACUUACGGUACCGCGCCAUUGUCUCAAAUCUACCCGCUUAAAUACUAACACUUAAAGUCUUUGAACGAUGUUCUCUCGACGAAUGUCAACCGACAAAUGCGCGCGUGACGGAACUGCGCGCCGGUUUUGUACCCUUUUAGUAGGGUAUUCCUUACUGUACAUAUGAGUCGACUAUUAUCAAAGCCGGCAAUGUGACUUUUGGACAAUUAUUAGUAAAUCAGAAAAACGAAUUAUUGACUUUGUAUUCCAUUGGCAGUCACAAAACUCUUCUGAACGACAUCUUAGAUAAAUAACAGGUUAAGUAUUAACUUUUAUUUAAUGCUGGUUUUGAACCGUAUUCUUUGAAGGAGACGAUUAUAUUCAAAUCAGUCUGUAUUGACAUUUCAAUAACAUUUUUUUGUCCAAAUGCACAGAUUGCCACCUUUGAUAAUAGACGACUCAUAUAUCGUACACUAUCUAUUGCAAGGAACAAUUCGUCUCACAUGUCCAUUGGCAGAGCGCAAGCGAAACUGACGCUAUUAAUAGUUUAUAUUAAAUAGUUUUUAAGAAGAAGAAGAAAUAAUAUGUUAUCUGUGAUCGAAAUUAACUCAAAAACCGUUUUUUUUUUAAUUCAUAUCCAGUAAAUGCACUGAAUUAAAAACGUUCGGAUUUAAUCAGUGAAGUUGUAUUUUAAAAAUGCAUUAUUGUCUGCCGUUGACUUUUUUUUUGUAUUCCUAUUAUUGAAAGAUGAUUUGUUGUGUGAACGUAUAAAAAAUUAAUACCAAUACUUUAAAAAUUAUAAUUUAAUAAUAAUAAAGAAAAUAGUAAAAUAUAAUAUUAAAAUAUAUUUUUGUGAGUACACGAAUCAAAUAAUACCUAUAUAAUAGAAAUGUAUUUGUUUAUUAUUACACUUUAUGUAUUUUGAUACGUUGCCGUUACUAAUGCCAUUCUCUACCGUCAACCAAAGGUGACGAAGAAUGUAAUGGUUUUGUGGAAACAAUAAUUAACACACAUAAACAGAUAUAUUAUAUAUAUUAUAAAUAUAUAAAACUUGGAUGACUGUUUCCAUAGAUUUCGGUGAAAUUAAAAUUACUGAAAUA